AUGACUUCUGCCACUGCCCUUGUCUCUCCACGGAGCGUUGCGGAACCGUUUGAUCCGUCAGAGCUGACUUCGCGUGCUCGGGCAGGCAGGGGUAUGAGGCCACCGGCUACCCUCACCCGGUUUAACCCGCCAUUUGAAGCAGUGUGCUGGGCUGCGGCUGCCAUUGCGAACAAACAGCUACUUGGAGUCACAGCUGUGCAGCUGAGAGGAAAGGCGGAAUCGGUACAGUACUUCCUGGAUAACUUGGAUCGAAUCGGCCAGCUGAACUACCUCCCCAGCAAGCAGGAUGUCCUGUUCGCUCGCAGGGCCACUAAAGGCAUCGUGGAGUAUGACUUCCUCAUCAAGGGGAUCACCUUCCGGAUGAUGGAUGUGGGCGGCCAGCGUUCCCAGAGGCAGAAGUGGUUCCUCUGUUUUGAGGGCAUCACCUCCAUCCUCUUCAUGGUGUCCUCCAGUGAGUUCGACCAGGUGUUGCUGGAGGACGGGUGCACUAACCGUCUGGUUGAGUCCAUGAACAUCUUCGAGACCAUUGUCAACAACAAGCUCUUCACCCGCGUCUCCGUCAUCCUCUUCCUGAACAAGACGGACCUGCUGGAGGCCAAGGUAAAGACGGUGAACAUCGGUGACUACUUCCCAGACUUCCAGGGGCGGCCCCACCACCUCGGGGACGUCCAGCGCUACCUCCUCAACUGCUUCAGCAGCAAGCGUAGGGACCGCAGCCGGCCGCUCUUCCACCAUUUCACCACCGCGGUGGACACUGAGAACAUCCGCUUUGUCUUCCAGGCGGUCAGGGACACGGUGCUGCAGGAGAACCUCAACGAUAUCAUGCUGCAGUGAGGCGGUGCGACCCACGGGCAUUCCAUGCGUGCCCCUUCUCAGCCCAGUGAGCCCCAUUUGUUCGUCCCUGUGCAAUAACCAAAGAAGCCUGAUGACCCCUUGUCCAUUCCUGGUAACCAUAUGGACUAAUCCUGUGUGUGACCCCAAGUGGAUCCUGGUUACACCUUCCAUAUCCAGCAGCCUCCCCAUAUGUAACACCCGUUUAUCCCUGUGUGUACCCGUAUCCAUAUUGCAAUUGAACAUAUCCCAUAUGCUCUCGGUAUAUAUCCCAAUGUCAGCCUGUUGCAUCUGCACAUAUUCCCCAUCUCCAUGCACACACGGUGCAAAUCCUAUUUUACCCCAUGUACACCAAAGUCAAAGCCAAUACUGUCCGUAUCAACUUGUAGGGUCUUGUGAUUAUGGAAGGCAGAGAGAGAGAGAGUUUUAUAUUUAAGGGAUUCCCUCAGCCCAGUUAGAUAAUCACUGAGUGUUUGUUCAGACCUCACUGAUCCCAAGAGAUUAUUUUGACCUCGCCUUUCAUUCCCGAUGAUGUUGAGUCUUCCUGGGACACAGGUGUACGGACCUGGACAGGGAGUGAACGAGGGGGAGGGCCCAAACAAAUCUCUAUCCUUCCCGGGACACAGGUGUACGGACCUGGACAGGGAGUGAACGAGGGGAAGGGCCCAAACAAAUCUCUAUCCUUCCCGGGACACAGGUGUACGGACCUGGACAUGGAGUGAACGAGGGGGAGGGCCCAAACAAAUCUCUAUCCUUCCCGGGACACAGGUGUACGGACCUGGACAGGGAGUGAACGAGGGGGAGGGCCCAAACAAAUCUCUAUCCUUCCCGGGACACAGGUGUACGGACCUGGACAGGGAGUGAACGAGGGGGAGGGCCCAAACAAAUCUCUAUCCUUCCCGGGACACAGGUGUACGGACCUGGACAGGGAGUGAACGAGGGGGAGGGCCCAAACAAAUCUGUAUCCUUCCCGGGACACAGGUGUACGGACCUGGACAGGGAGUGAACGAGGGGAAGGGCCCAAACAAAUCUCUAUCCUUCCCGGGACACAGGUGUACGGACCUGGACAGGGAGUGAACGAGGGGGAGGGCCCAAACAAAUCUCUAUCCUUCCCGGGACACAGGUGUACGGACCUGGACAGGGAGUGAACGAGGGGGAGGGCCCAAACAAAUCUCUAUCCUUCCCGGGACACAGGUGUACGGACCUGGACAGGGAGUGAACAAGGGGAAGGGCCCAAACAAAUCUCUAUCCUUCCCGGGACACAGGUGUACGGACCUGGACAGGGAGUGAAUGAGGGGGAGGGCCCAAACAAAUCUGUAUCCUUCCCGGGACACAGGUGUACGGACCUGGACAGGGAGUGAACAAGGGGGAGGGCCCAAACAAAUCUCUAUCCUUCCCGGGACACAGGUGUACGGACCUGGACAGGGAGUGACAAUGGCCCAUUGAACGAGGGGAAAAGGCGGAAUAGGUGGACACCCAAAACAAAUCUCUGUCCUUCCUAAACCUGAUGAGCUCAGACCCCUCGGAGAGAAGGGAGGGUGAGAAGAGAGCAGUGGGAAUUGAUCCCUUGACCGAUUGCCCAUGGUGCGGGGCAGCAGAGUCAGCAGAGACCUUCCCUGUCAUUGCCGGUUAACUGGACUCUGAAAACUCACACUCAUUCCUCAAGCAUACUUUAUUUUACUUGUGCGCAAGGAGAACAGCGUGGCCCCUGUCACCCACCACUGUUCUGAAGUCUGAACAGAGAAAUUCCUUCUUUAUACAGAGCAGUUAUUGAUAUUGGCCAUUUAAUAAACCAUGUAUGUUUGAAUUCCUGACUUGCAAGAUCAAUUACCAUUCACAAUAGGGGUGUUAAAAGUCAAUAAAAACUA